UCUCGCCAAGAAAGCACCUCAAACUCUCUCUCCCAAUUUUCUCCCCCAAAAAAAGAAAAGAACUAACCACCGAAAUGUUCAAGAUUGCCAUCUGUUUGCUCGCCCUGGCCAGUGGUUCCUUGGCCGCCAGUAUUGGCCAGGUCGACAGCACCACCGAGAAGCGCGAAAUCAUUCCCGUGCUGAAGUUCGAGACGGACAAGCAGCCCGACGGAUCCUUCCACUUCAGCUACGAGGGCGGCGACCAGUCCUUCCGCCAGGAGAAGGGCGUGGUCGAGAACGCCGGCACCGACGACGAGGCCUUGGAGGUCUCCGGAUCCUAUCGCUACAUCGAUGCUGAUGGCAACACUGUUGAGGUGACCUACACCGCUGGAAAGAACGGAUUCGUGCCCGUGGGCACCAUCAUUCCCGCCGAGAUCACCCAGCUGGCCAAGGCUGCCGCCGAUCUGCCCAGGAUUUCCGAGGAGGAGGAGCAGAGGUACCGCAAGGCGCGUUCCCAGGAUCUGGAGAAGAGUGCCGAGGCUGCUUCUGUUGUGGAGAAGGCUGUGGCUCCCGUGGAGAAGUCAGUUGCUCCCGUGGAGAAGGAGGUGAAGGAGGAGAAGGAGGCUGUGGUGGCCAAGGCAUCGACUGUGGUGGAGAAGUCCGAGCCCCUGCCCGCUGAAUCCCAGGUGGUGCCCGUCCAGGUGGUCCUCGAUUCCGAGGUGAAGGCCGCCAUCGAGUCCGAGAUUGAGAAGAAGAUCGAGUCGGAGACGAAGACGAAGACUGCCUAAGCUUUCCUAGAACUACCACUACUAGACUACCUAAGUAUUGUUUAAUUUAAAACCGAGUACGAUCGAUCUAA